AUGCAAUCUGCAUCCGAGUUUCCCGAUUUACAAAUGAAAUAUGUGAUUGGUCAAAAAGAAAUGAAGUUGUCCAAAAAUCAACAAUUUCCAAUACCGUUUGUUAUUGAAUAUCAACGAAUGGCAGAAGAAACACUCAUAACUAUUGAUGCAGCAAUAAUGAAUGGUUAUUAUGGAAUGUUCAUUUGCGAUUGUCCACUGAAUAACAGCAACGACGAACGAAAAGGUCUAGUCGUUCAAGAUGACAUGGAAAUUGUAAUGAUGAACUAUUUUACAUACUCCUGUAGACGUGGAGAGCAAAUUCAGCGCAAGUACGUUGAGAAUAUUAGACAUGUGAAAGCUACCAUUACACUCGAUUCUGAAGAAAAACAUCGUGAGUUUGAAAACUGUGUACUUGAUAUACAAGUCGAACAUAGAGACAAUCCGAAUAAUGAGAAAACCAAAUAUGACAAUGAUUUUGGUUUUGAUAAUGAUGAACAGACAAAGAUUCUUGAUAGUUCAGAGCCAUUUCUACUUACAUACGGAUAUCACUUUCCUGCUCAUCACUGGUUAACAUUUUCAGCUCAUCUACUCAAUGGUGAUUAUGUUAUUUGUGCUUACAUUUAUCAUGUUGAACGAAACGGACGUAAAAAGCUGUUAUGUAAACAUAAGCAUCCAGUUCCACUCGAAAACGAAAAUAUUGUUGUUAAUUUGGUUCGAUGUGAUUAUACUAAUACAGAAGAAAAAGAAAACAACGGGACAUCAGACAAAAUUGAUAGAUCGUGA